GAGCAAAGAAAGCCCCGGCAAUCGUAAUCGAUGGAGUGGAUACUUCCGAGAUGACACGGGAAAAGCUCGAGCAAUUCACGCUCAGAGUAAAAGAAGAACUAGAUAAAGAGAGAGAAGAAAGAAAUUACUUCCAAUUGGAAAGAGAUAAAAUAAGAACAUUCUGGGAAAUAACACGACAGCAACUAGAAGAAGCGAAAGCAGAACUAAGAAACAAGGAAAGAGCUACCGAAGAGGCACAAGAAGAAAAUGAAGCGCUAUUGGAAACAGAAAAACAAAAAAUUAAACACUUGAAGUACGAACAGCAAGCUGCCUCAGCUGCUUUACGUGCUGAAAAUUUAGUAGCAUUAAAAGCAGCAAAAGAAGAACAUACGGAACAAGAACUAGAGCUUCUAAAUGACAAACGUGCAUUACGCCAAGAAAUGAGAGAGAAAAUGUUAGCAGCGCAAGACGAAUUGCGCCGUGCGAAAUUAAUUCAUGCUGAAGAACUAUCAAAUACAAGGUCUACGUUUGAAGAGCGUGCCAGACAAAUUGAAGAUAAAGCAGAGAAGAAACUACAAGAAACAAAAGUGGAAUUAACUGUUAAACAUAGAACGGAGAUAGCUGAGGUUGAGGAGAGAAAGAAUAAACAAUUGUCUGAACUGAUUGCUCAUCACGAAAGAGCGUUUUCCGAUUUGAAGAACUAUUACAAUGACAUAACGUUGAAUAACUUGGGAUUAAUCAGCAGUCUAAAACAACAGAUGGAAGAUAUGCAAAAGGUUAAGGAAAGGGCUGAGAAAAUUGCUAGAGAUGCUGUGGCUGAAACUAAGAGUCUAAGGGAACCGUUGGAAGCUGCGAUAAUCGAUAACAAGGAGUUGAAACGGCAGAUGUCUAACUAUGAUCGAGAUAAAGCGGCGCUGGCGGCUAAAACAAAACAACUAGCGUCAUUGGAGAAACAGUUUGAAGUACUGAAAUGGGAAUAUGAGGUGUUACAAGUUCGUUUCGACAGAAUUCUAGCUGAAAGGGAUGAAUUAAAAGCAAGAUUUUCGAGAGCAGUCCUUGAAGUUCAACAGCGAGCGUCUUUGAAAACUGCGCUUUUGGAAGCGAAAUUGAAAAAUAUGGAGGGAAGAGAUCUUGGUCCAAGGGAAAUGCAUGAACUAUUGAGACUAAAAGACACACAAGUAGAAGAUCUCCGGUAUGAAGCAGCAAGGCUCAGGAAAGCUCAUGAUGACCUAUUGGCUACGUAUGAAGCUAAAUUGGCCAAACUUGGGGUACCAGCUGAAGAAUUAGGGUUCAAACCUUUGAAAGCGGUUGCCGUAGCAGGUCUCUCUCCUAUCAUUGGUCAAGGUCCAGCUGGUUUAGUAACAAAGGAUCAAAUAUAAAUUAUAAACAUCA